GAGGGUGCGGCACAUGGGUCGUCCGCGCGCGCCCAGCAGGGUAGGGGGAAUCCCAGGCGCCCUGGAGCCACCGGCGUCGGUGGCCGCGGCGGUGUCGUCCCUGACCAUCGCCGAGGCGUUCGUUCCUGUGGUCGAGAGCCCCGCCCCGCCCCCGCCUCCGCCUCCCGCGUUCUCUAGAAGAUUCAUCUGCUCCUUCCCGGACUGCAGCGCCAACUACAACAAGGCCUGGAAGUUAGACGCGCACCUGUGCAAGCACACCGGGGAGAGGCCAUUUGUUUGUGACUAUGAGGGUUGUGGCAAGGCCUUCAUCAGAGACUACCACCUGAAUCGCCACAUCUUGAUCCACACUGGAGAAAAGCUGUUCCUUUUCAAAGAUUGUGAGAAGGCCUUUAAGAAACACCAGCAGCUGAAAAUCCAUCAGUGCCAGCAUACCAACGAGCCCCUGUUCAGGUGUCUCCAGGAAGGAUGUGGGAAGCACUUUGCCUCACCCAGCAGGCUAAAACGACAUGAGAAGGUCCACGAGGGCUACGUAUGUCAAAAGGGAUGUUCUUUUGUGGCCAAAACAUGGACAGAACUUCUAAAACAUGUGAGAGAAACCCAUAAAGAGGAAAUAACAUGUGAAGUAUGCCAGAGAAGAUUUAAACGCAAAGAUCAUCUUAAGCAACACAUGAAAACUCAUGCCCCAGAAAGAGAUGUGUAUCGGUGUCCAAGAGAAGGCUGUGGUAGGACCUACACAACUGUGUUCAAUCUCCAGAGCCACAUUCUCUCUUUCCAUGAGGAGAAGCGCCCAUUUGUGUGUGAAUAUGCUGGCUGUAGCAAAACAUUUGCAAUGAAACAAAGUCUCAUCAGGCAUGCUGUGGUACAUGAUCCUGACAAGAAGAAAAUGAAAGUAAAAAGAUCUCGUGAAAAACGGAGUUUGGCAUCUCGUCUUAGUGGAUACAUUCCUCCUAAAGUGAAACGGGGAAAAGGUUCAUCUUUGUCUCAGGAUGGAGAGUCGCAGAGCUGUGUGGAAGACCAGGUGCCUUCGGCAGUUGCAAUACUUCACCUUCCACUAGGAACUGCUCAGCCUCGCUGAAGGAGCCAAUGAGAUUAUUUUCACUUAGAAGCUUUUUUUUUUUUUUUAAAUUAAAAUACUGAUGCUAAACACUCAA